UCUGCACAGUCUUAGUAUUCAGCUUCAUCAUGGCUGGACGCCGGCUGCUUGUCAUCUUCAUUUAUUCUUUUCUCGAGAGUUAUGCACAAGCUCUUCUUCCACCUACACUGACAGUGAAUCCACCGGUGAUCUCAGAGACAGACUCAGUCACUCUGCACUGUCAGACUCCAUCAUCUGUUCCUGUGUCUCAGUGUUAUUUCAAAACUAUGAGAACAAAACGGGGCAAAGUCUUCCCCUGUCUGAAGACACUGACAGGAACUGAGCUGCUGGAGAUGUCACAUCAGAGUUCACCUGCUGAGGUUAAAGUGACAUGUUUUUAUCUUCACGCGACUCAAUCUCCAGAGAGUAACAUAUCCUCCAUCAUCAUUCGAACAUCUCUUCCACCUACACUGACAGUGAAUCCACCGGUGAUCUCAGAGACAGACUCAGUCACUCUGCACUGUCAGACUCCAUCAUCUGUUCCUGUGUCUCAGUGUCAUUUCUACACUUUAAGUGGAGAAACUGUCAAAGACGUCUCUUGUCUGAAGACACUGACAGGAACUGAGCUGCUGGAGAUGUCACAUCAGAGUUCACCUGCUGAGGUUGAGAUGACAUGUUUUUACACUGUAAAGCUUGGAGAGUCACAUUACCUAUCUCCACACAGUGACACAUCCUCCGUCACCAUACACAGUGACACAUCCUCCGUCACCAUACACAGUUUGAGUGUUAGUACACCUGGCACUAAAGAUAGCUCCUACCCUGCAACAUCUCAGAAAACAGCUUCAGCAGCAACGUGGAUAUUGAACUUUAUUGUAGUUGUAGCUGGUUGCGGUGUAACUGUGGCCGUCAUCUUGCUCGUUUCUGCAAUUCUCUGGAACAAAAAAAGAACUGACUUUGUGUCUUUCUCAAUAGCAGGUGAAAGGCGGGAGCCUCAAAAUGAGAAUUUGGACGCAUACCCUUUGUACUGCAGCAUCUCUGAGGAGCCAGCUGCAUCAGAGCUGAAGGGUGUGAUGUACAGCACCGUGCAGACACACUGAAACUGAGCAGACAGCCUGAAGAACUGUUACUGAAAUGCACCUUGUGUUUGAAGUUGAGUGGUUUAAUCUAGUUUUAGUUUUACAGUUUUACAAGUUUUACAGCCAGAUGCAAUUAUCAAGUUGAGGUUUAUGACUUAAAAUGUAUUUAGUUUUACUUUAUAACUAAAACAAAGUUCACUUUACUCCUGUUGUUUGAUGUUGAUCAUAUUUUCUAUGCACUAUACAUAUAUUUACAUGCAUUUUACUGCUACUGUAAAUAUGCUGUAUGUUUUAGCC